AUGUCAGAACCCACUCCCACGCAAGCGUCCUGCAAUGAGAAUCAAGGGCCUAUGCUCCUGGCUUUGAGCUGGGUUCUUCUAUGUACUGCUCUCUGUUCCGUGGCGCUACGGUUGUAUGUCAAGCUGGGUCUCCAAAACGGCGUCAGAUCAGACGAUUAUACUAUAAUAGCCAGCUUGAUUGCCGGGAUCAUCGGAGUUGGCUGCCUGACUAAGUUCGUUCUCAUAGGCUUGGGAAGACAUAUAUACUGCCUACCUCUCGAACAGAUCCCUCUGGUGCUCAAAUGGAGCGUCAUCUCGCAGAUAUUCAACAUCAUCGGGAUCGGCCUGGCCAAGAUAUCGGUGUGUCUCUGCGUCUUACGGAUCAUUGGCCGCACUCGGCAGCAACUUGCGAAGUUCCUCUGGGUGGUCAUCGCUUUUUGUGCAGCUAGUCACUUCGCACAGAUUGUGCUUUUUCUUGUGCAAUGCCGGCCAAUGGCCGCGAUCUGGGACCCUCACAUCCAUGGAAAAUGCUUUUCUCCUCACAUCACCUACCUAGCGGGCUACAUAGGGUUCGGACUUGACGCCUUCACCGAUCUCGUCUGCGCUGCUAUCCCAAUCUUCGUACUACACCGGCUGCAGAUGAAUGUGCGCACGAAAGUCGCUCUGUGCUGCCUCAUCGCCCUCGGCUCUCUUACGGCAGGCUGCGCGAUAGCGAAAGCAGUCACGCUGAGGGGUGUCUUCUCUGACGACUAUACGUGGGGGCUCUGGAAACCCGCGGUUUGCACAAUCGUCGAGCACUUGACAUCCAUAACACUAGUCUCCUUACCGGCCCUCAGACCCUUCUUCAACAAGAUUCUCGACGCUGCUACCACACGGGGUGGCUCGGGCAAGCGAUCAGUCAAACACAGCCCUCGGUGGACUCCUGCUGUUUCAAGGGACAGAUACGCGCUUGACACAUCACUCAAGAGCGAGGACCUUGAGCAAGGCUCAAUACCGUUUAAUGAGAACGAAAUCGUCCGGACGACAGAGUUCCGCUUGAGUGAGCACAAUUCUGAAAGUGGUGAACAACGCAUGGGGGACUACUGGCCUUUGCCGCCUUGA